CUUCUCUGGUCCAGAGGCUGAUGGGCGCGGUCGCCAUCCCUGGGGGGGCGGCCGCGUUGCCGGCCUGGGUGGUGCUGGCGCUGGAGGCCGCGGCGUUCUUCGCGCCAGGCUGGGGCCCAGGGCAGCCGAGCUGCCCAGACCUCUCGUGCCCUGCCUGCCCGGCGUGCCCCGUGGCGGCUCCGUGCGCGGCCUGCCCGGAGCCGGCGGCCUGUGCCGCCUGUCCGGCCUGCGAGCCGCCGCCGUGCGCGGCGUGCCCGGCGCGCGAGCCGCCGCCGCGCGCGGCUUGCCCGGCCUGCGAGGCUCGGGCGUGCCCAGUGCCGACGGCCGGCGAGAGGGCGACGGAGAAGCUGGUGGGGGCGCUGCUGGGCGGCCUGGUGCAUUGGCUGGCGGCGAAGGUCGUCGGCCGCCGGAAUGAGCGCGUGGUCUGCCGCUUCGCCGACGACGACGUGGACCACGAGCGGGUGCUGCUGCGCUACCUGGGAAGCGGGCAGUGGGUCAUCCUGACCCCGGACGGGGACAUCUACCCCGAGCUGGCCGACGCGCUGCAGCGUGGCCGGGAGAUGGCGCUCGAGUGGGACGCCUCCCUGCCUGAGCCGAGGGAGGCCUUGGCCGCAGACGGCCAGCAGGUCACCUGGCAAGAGGCCGCCGGCAGGAUGUCAGCCGCGGAGCGUGGCCGCCUGCUGCGCCUGGGCAUGGCCGUGGCCCGCAUGGGCGGACGGUUGCUGGAGGCCCCAGGGGCUGGCCAGGCCUGGUUCGCCUUCAGCGGUGGGCCGGACGUCGCGAUCGGGACGAAGGUCGAUGUGGCGAGCGCGGGCGGCGUGAGCUUCGAGUGCGGGGCCGAGGCGCUCGGCGUUCUGAAGGCUGCCGACGGCGUCAUGGUGCGGCUCGCCCGGCUGGACGUGGGGGCCGCCCCAUCGCGCGUGGCCGCGGAGGCGGCCGCCUGGCAGGGCCUGGAGGGGGGCCCGGCGCGGGCCCCGGACCCAGAGCGCCGUCGCGCGGGUGGUGCUGGCCUGCCCGAGGAGGAGGAGCUCGCCGAGCCCGUGGGUGGCACCGCGACGCCCGAGCUGGCGCUGCCGGCCCCCGCAGAGCCGCCGGGCGAGGAGCGCUAUGCUGACGCUCGCACGCUCUGGGUCGACUACGACGAGCAGGGGGAGCGGUUCAAGCGGUGGAGAGACGUCGUGGGCGAGUCGCGGCAGGAGCACUACCCCGACGCGAAGGUGGACGGGCCGCCCGGGGCUCUCCACAUGUGCAAGCACAUGGAGAGGCACGGAGGCGACCCUCGGCUCUGGCUCGACCUCUUCAUCCGCAUGAAGGGGCUCGGCCAAGGCGAUCGCGUGGUGCACGAGCUGAGGACCAUCGUGGAGGCCCUGUAUCAAGGCGGGGUCUACGACCAGCUGAACAUGGGCGGCCUGAUGAUGGUGGAGGUGCUGACGCGCCGCGUGGCUGCGGUUGUGGGCGCCUACGCGGACCCGUCCAAGCCGAGCUGGACGAACGCACGCUUCUUCGAGGGCGUGAGCUCGGUGGAGGACGUCUCGGGCCCCGAGCUCAGGGGCUAUGUCCACCGGCGGGCGAAGGGGCAGCGCGAGAUGGAGCAGGCGCAGAACCGGGAGCAGAAGGAGCUGGAGGUGACGCAGCUGGCGCGGGGCGUGGUGGCGGCCGAGGCGGCCGCGGGAGCCCGCAGCUUCCUGCCGCUCCCGCUGCUGGGUGCCACAGGCCGCCGAAUUCGCGGCAGGUCUUACCGAGCCAGGCAGUUCGGGCGAGAGGCUCGCAUUGCGUGCGAGGUCAACGGGAUCGUCGACGCCAUCAACUGGAUGUCGGGGUACGACUCGCAGCCUGGCCCGGCCAAUGGCAUGCAGCGAGAUGUACUUGCGCGCUUCGAGGGCCUCGUUCGGGGCCGGCAACCGGGGGUAGGACCUUGCCCUCGUCUCGCUCUCCUCGCCGGCGGCAGCGCUGGCUACAUCUGCUACUUCCUGGACAAGCACCAGGUCUUCGCCAUCAGAGGACUCUACGGCUUCUCGCGCGAGAUGGUGUCCCUGGGCGUGCUGCCGUCGGUCGAGGCCAUGGAGCAGUGGACCGAGAUUGAGGCGGCGCGGGCUUGGGCAGGGCUGGAGCUGGGCGCACUCAAGAGCGUCUUGACGAAGCUCGGGGACCCUGACCUCACCUCGAUGCCAAUCUUGGCGUCGCUUCCGCCGUCAGCGGCGCGGUCUGCCGUCGCGAAGGCCCGCGUCGACAGGGGGGGCAGGGAGGCUGGCGAACGCCUCACGGCCAUCCAGAAGGGCCGCCUCAACCUCCUCUACAACGCCCUCCGCCGGAAGUUCGGGUUGCACCUUGAGCCGGUCGAUCAAGAGCCGCCUCAACCGCAGGCGGCGGCAGCGGCAACCCCGGGUUCGGCGGCGGCGCCGCACGCCGCUAAUUUGGUGAACCUGUCCGCGGUCCUCGACCAGGGCCUGAAGGGCGAGGUGGAGCUUUACAGCCACGCCCAACUACAGAAGAUCCGGAACAAUUACAUAGUCUUGAUGGGGGAUGAGCCCAUGGGUCGCCACAACUACACCGACGAGCAGAUAUCGGCGUUGGGCCGGCGGCUGGAGGCCGGCUUCGUGCCGUUUGCGGACUUCGGCGUGUGGGGGCCGAACGGCAACCGCUUCCAGCGCCACGUGAAAUUCAAGGCGAGCUUCAUGGACGCCUCUGGCCAGUGGCGGACGCAGGAAAUCCCCGGGCCAGAUUCCCUAGAGAUCUGGGAGGACUCGUACGAGGUCUACAAGGCAGCUGCUCUCUCAUUGGGGGCCUCCCAGCAGGCCACCUUGACUUUGUACGCGGCUGAGUUCCGCCAGCGCGUCCUCGACAAUCUGGGGUGCUGGCACUUGACACCGGCUGCGGAUUUUCUGGCGCGGUCGGAGCAGCUUGCGAACGAGCGCCGGCGACUGGAGCGUUUCCACGAGAAGUCGCCCACCUUGUCCAGUUGGAACCCCAAGAUGCCAUGGGACGCUGCGCUGAGGGCUGUGUCCCAGGACAACACCUUUUGGUACAAGCAUUUGGAGAAGCCAUGCGACAAGGCUGCCCGGGACGGUUCGGCAACGGCGCCCGUUCAGCGGACGGCCUACACCCAGGUGCCGCCCUUCACGGCGGCGCCGCAGCAGGGCAGCAACAAGAAGAAGGGCGACGGCAGGGGUAAAGCCAACGACAGGAAGGACGCCAAGGGCAUUGAUCCACGUGGCAAGGGACCCAAUGCUCAACGAGCCGAUGGGCGCUAUUACCGGUCAGUGGACAAUGUGGAAAUAUGCUACGCUUGGGCCCAGCACGAGGAGGGUUGCUCCAGCAAGGCGUGCCCACAGGGGCGGGCGCACGUGCGCGAGUUCUGCCGCACGCCCCACCGCGCCAUCCGCUGGGAGAAGCAUCCAGGGUGGACGCCGCCGGCGGCCAGCCGGGGGGCCAAGAGGCCCAAGUUCCUGGAGGUCGUUGGGCGCGGCGGCGGGCUCACGGCGGCUGUGGCGCGGCUGCAUCUUGAUCACUUCGCGGCGCGGUGCCUCGAGGCCGCGGCGGGCCUCCGCGACCAGGUUCUGGACCUUCUGAAUCACGAUCAUUAUCGUCGGGUUCUCAGCCUGAUUCGGCAGCGGCGAGUGCGAUGGCUCCACGUGGCACCGCGCUGCGCGGAUUUCUCGAAGGCGCGGAGAACCGGCAGGCGCGCCCGCCCCGCCAGCGGCACCCCAAAGCCGCAGCACGUGCUCGACAGCAACACCUUGGUUGCCAGGGCGGCGAGGCUGUGUCGUGCCCAGGCCAAGGCUGGCGGGUGGUUCUCCUUCGAGAAUCCAGAAGCCUCGUGCGCUUGGCAGUACGGGCCCGUCGCCUCCCUGCUGCGCAUUGCCGGUGCCGUGCGGGUGGUGUGCGACCAGUGCAUGUUCGGCUGCCCGUACAGGUGCCCGGGGCCCCCGGUGCACGUGCACCCCAGCCUCGGCGGGAGGUGCAUUGGGCCUGCGGGCGGAUCCGCGUGGAAGACUCAACAGGCGGCGUCUCGUCCGGAAGGGCUCUGCAGCGCACUGGCAUUUGCGUACAGGGCCGAACUCAGCAAGCAGCCGGACCUGGCCGCGAAGCAGCCCACCACCUACGACGUCUUCGCUGGGCAGGAGGACGCCGCGCAGCAGGAGACAGCCAGACAGCGGCGGGAGAGAGAGGCAUCUUCGUGCAUCGGCGGCCUCCGCAACCCGCACAGAGGCGUGGGGAAGCUGCCCGGCUGGGCGGCGCUCGGCGCUCAGAUCGCCGCUGCCCUCGAAGACGUCGCCGGCGGAUUGUGCGACGCCUUCGACAGGGUGGUCGAGGAGCUGGGCCGCCCAGAGGCGACAGGCCUCGCUCCUGCUGCCGUGCGGAGCGGGCAGGCGGCCCUUGCGGCCCGCCUGGGGGUGAGGCACCGCGACCGCGAGGGCCCCCAGGGAGAGAUGCUGGAGGACAUUCUGGCUGCGGCGGGGGAUCCGGAGACGCAGGUUCCUCAGUGGCUGCAGCGCUACGCCCCGCUCGGGAUCGAGGUGCCAAUUCUGCCCUCCGGCGUUUUCCCGGAGACCGAGCCCACCUCUGUGGGGCCGGCCAGGGAGAAGCUCGACGCCCUCCUCCAGCACUGCGUGGACUGGGGCUACCCGGUAAACUACAGAAGCUACGAGGAGAACAGGGAGGAGGCCGACGCCGUGUUCCAGAAGGAGCUGGACAAAGGGUACGCCACGUGGCGCCAAGACCGGGGCGCCUUGGAGGCGAUUCACGGCCCGCUCACCUUGUCCCGCAUCGGCGCCGUCAUCACCGUGAAGGCCGGGGCAAGAGAGCGCCGUCUGAUCCACGACCUGAGGCGGAGCAGAGUCAAUUCGAAGAUCCUUCUCCGCGAGCGCUUGGUUCUGCCACGGCUCCACGACGUCAUUCAGGAUACCUUGGACACGUUCGCGCGCGUCCAGGACCCCCACCAGGUGCACUACUUGGUCGCUGAUUUUCAGGACGCUUUCAAGCUCUUGAGAACGGCGACGCUCAGCGAGAAGAAGGGCCGCAUUCAGUGUUUUGUGGACGACCCUAUAUUGACUAUGUCUGGCUCGCUGCGCACAGCGGGGAGAGAAUUCGCUAAGAUACUUGUGCUGUGGCAGCUCCUCGGCUUCAGGGUCUCCUGGAAGAAGGUCAGCUUUGGCACUUCAGUUUCGUGGAUUGGCGCCACGAUCCAGGCCGACACGGCCGUGCGCCGCGUGAGCGUGUCGCUGCCUGAGGAGAAGUUGGAGCUGGCUCGGAAGGGCAACCCGCCCGUCCUCUUCCGCAAGCAGGUGGAGCCGGCAUUGCGAUGGCUGGUCGCCUUCGCAACGGACGCGCCUUUACAUCUGACGCGCCAUGUUUACCUCGUCGACAGACUCUACGACGGCUUGUACGUUGAAACUGACGCUUCGCCUUGGGGCGGCGGCGGGUGCUGCUGGGCAUCGCCGGCGGCCCGCCGAGCUGGCGAAGCGCCGCGCGCGUACUUUGCUGUGACAUGGGACCACACGCACGAGGAGCUCCUGCACACGCAGGUCGGCAGCCCGGCUGGCCAGGCGUCGUGGGAAGCAUUUGCGAUGCUCCUCGCAGCAAAGCUGUGGAUCUCACCAGAGGUCCGGGGACGCAUCACCUUUGCGGGUGACGCGCAAGGCGUCCUGGCAACACUGGUCCAGCUACGUGGAGAUUCGGCCAUCAUUAACGAUGUGGCCAAGGAGCUCGCCCUCCACCUGGCCCCCUUGGGCCAUGCUCUCGAGGGCCUCCACAUCUGGGCGGAGCAGAACAAGCUCGCGGACGCGCUGAGCCGGGUCUCCUGCGGCGGCCACUUCCCCCGCUUCCUCGCCGGGGCGGAGCAGGCCACGGUCCCGCAGGUGGAGGACCUGGGUCUGCGAGUGCUGCAGGCCAAGACAUAUUUCGUGCUGCUCGGUUCAAGGCUCGAGGGCGCGUCUUUGGCGGUCUUCGACGCGGAUGGCGCGCUGGCCGGGCGGCCCCCUGGAUGCCAAGGUGCGGCAAGGUGUCCACCCCAGGCGGAGGGCGCCGGAGCCUGCGCUGCAUGGCUUGUCGCUGGCGACUGCGGAGCAGGGCAUGGCGUUGAUCGAUUCUGGACGUGGGCGUGGAAGUAUCCCUGGACGCAGUUCGACUUUUGGAGUUUGCCCGAGUGCGAGCACGGUCACGCCGGGGGCGCCGUGCAGGAGGCCGUGUACCAGGGGCGUGCAUGGGCCAAGGAGGUGGAGCCGUGCCCGCUCUCUGUUGCGUUAUUGGGGUACGCCGCAGCGCUUUUGAAGGCCGCUGGCUACCGCAGCGCGGUCACGUACCUUCAGACGAUGAAGCAGGAACACGCUCGCUUGGGGCACGCGUGGACGGACCAACUCAGCUUGGAAAUGGCCGCUGCCAAACGCAGUUGUGAACGGGGCUUGGGGCCGCCCAGACAAGCUCCCUUCGUGGACCUCGACAAGGUCGCGGCGUCGGAGACAGCGGUGGCCGUGCCAUGUGGCCCUCAAGGCUCGGAGGAACCUCUCGAGCCAUAUCUGGCUUUCGCUGUCCUCACCUUCUGGCUUAUGCGUGAGAUCGAAGGCUCUACGGCGAAGCUCGGUGCCGCAUCGUUUGCUCCUGGCCCUCACGGUUGCUGCGGGACAGCAACGCUCGACCUGCCAGUCUCGAAGAGCGACCAGAGCGCGCUGGGGAAACAGCGCGCGCACGGGUGCGCUUGCCCAGCGGCAUGCCCAGUGCUGCAUUUGCGGCGUGCUGCGGCUGCGGCGGCGACUGCUGGGUCCGCACGGGCCGAGGGUGCCCGAUGCGAUUGGCCAUUGUUCCCCACGGCUGGCGGCGCCCAUCCUUCCAAGGCGGGCAUGGUUCGGGCGUGUACCAGGGUCGUCGGCGCUGCCGGGCUGGAGGUGGUCCCCACGGGCCACUCCCCGCGGGUUUCUGGCGCUGUCAGGAUGGCCAUGUCUGGGGUGGAGAUAUGGGAGAUCCAGCUUUUCGGCCGGUGGGGCUCCUCUGCUAUAUUGUCGUACAUACGGGAGAGCCCCUUGGCAGCCUCAGCUGCUUGGGCCCGGCAGACGGCAGAAGGCUUGGAGCUGAAACAGGCGGCGCAGGAAAUCCAGGCCAAACGCAAAGUACCGGCCAUGUCUGAGGAGCAGGAACGCGCUGGCGCGGGUGCUGCGCGAGCUGCAUUAGAGGAGAGGGCGGCGUCCACCUCGACAGCCGUGGCCACCCCGCAGGAGGAGCACAGCCGCCUGUCGUCGAGAGUGGACGAGAUACUGAAGGAGCACACGGCGAAGCUGGCCGGCGGCAUCGCGUUCAUCAAGUGCACGACCAAGCGUGGCGGCCGCCGAGAGGGACAGGUGCACUUGGCUUCGGAUCCCUGCGUUGCCUUCUGCGGCUGGUGGCACCGAGCGGCCCUCCCGGAGCUGCUGCGGGGCCGCUCGCCCCACGACGGGCGCGGCGGCCCGACGACGGUCGCCUCCUACAGUGCAGGGCUCGUCAGCAUGCCGACGGACGUGUGGGACUGCCCGCGUCUCGAGGACUUGUUGCCUGGCGAGGCCCUUACUUUCCUGCGGGAGCGCCAUGAGCGCAUGCUACGACCGGCACCGCUGCCGACCGACGUCGAGCCGUAUUUCGACUCGGUCCUUAAGUUCAACCACAAGGAGUACCGCGGCCUGGUGCGCCAGCUGCUGUCGGCUGGCAUGCUGGGGUGCACCUGCCAGAUGAAGGGGGUCUCGAGCAACGAGGACCUCCGCGCCGCGCUGGAGGCGCAGCAGGUGUACAUCGGCAUGGCGGACGUGAAAGACUGCUUUCACCGAAUGCGGAUCGACUCAGCUCUCUCGCGGUACUUCUGCCUGCCUCCUGUCAAGGCGGGGGCCUUCGGCGUGACCGAGGUCGGAGGGGCCAAGGCGCAGGCGUCGACGGCGAUCUACCCGUGCUGGCAGGUGCUGCCCAUGGGCUUCAGCUGGUCGCUCUACUUCGCCCAGCGGGCCAACGAGGAGGUCAGCCGUCGCGGCAGCCCGCCCCUGAGGGAGCCUGGUCUCUCGGACCAUGGGCCGCCGCUCGUGUUCGCGCCUGACAGGGCGCCCCGGGAGAUCAGGCACUACGUCUACGUCGACAACCUGGGGGUCUUCUCGCUCUUCUCCGAGCUCGUGAGUGGCGUGAUGGACCAGCUGACAGGCGAGUUCACCGAGCUGAACCUGCUGUUGCACAAGGACGAGCUGGUGCCGGGCAUGGCGGUGGCGCUCGGCACCGAGAUCGACGGCAGCCAGCUGCGCACCCGGGUGACCAGUGAUCGGUUCUGGCGCUGCCGCCAGGCCGUGCGAGGCCUUCUUGCCCGCCGCCGAGUCAGAGGCUGGGCAGUGGAGGCCGUGCUGGGCCACCUGACCUUCUGCGGCCUCUGCUCGCGCGGCACCCUGUCAGCUUUCAGUUCAGUAUAUGGCUUCGUGCGGGCGCACUACGACGACGCGGCCGUGCUAUGGGCCGAGGCGCGGCGUGAGCUGGCCGCCUUCAGCUCCUUGAUGUACUUCUUGGAGUCAGACUGGUGGCUGCCUUGGAACCCGAUGGUGCAGCAGUCGGAUGCCAGCCUCCACGGCUACGGACUGGCGAGGGCCUUCUGGCCGCGGGAGCUGGUGGAGUCGGUCGGGCGCGUGCCUGAGCGGGCCCGCUUCCGACGGCGCUGCGCACACAGUGCUCAGGAGGCUGCGCUCUGUGCCGCCGGCUUCGGUAUGGACGAGAGUGGAAAGUGGGAACUCAAGGGCCUCCCCGAGGAUGAGGAAGAGCUGAGCCAGUGGGACGUAGUGAGGGACUUCCCAGAAGUGCCCGCCCAGGGGCUCCGUGCAGGCCUGUGGGAGCCCUGUUUCGCUAGAGCCUGGCAGCACCCCGAGGGCAUCCUCACCUUGGAGGCCCGGGCCUUGGUCAGCAGCAUCCAUCGUAUCGCCACCACGGUCUUCGGGUCCCACAUACGCCGCUCGCGGAGCCCUCGCCGGCGCACUCGCCUGCUGGCGCCGCCUCGCCUGGAGCCUGGCUCGCAGGCAUCGGCGGGCAGCCAGGGGGCGUGGCGCGUCCGGCAGCUGGUCCCUGCUCCGCCGAUAGCGCCGCAGCCGUUGCCGGCGGCUCGGCGGGAACGUCAGCUGGGCGAGUCGAGGCACCUGAGGGAGGCCGUGCUGGGCCGUCCCCCGCCGCAGAGCCUGGGGCAGGUGGUGGAGGGCCUGGCGAAGCAGCCUGCGCCGGCGGAGCCCGCGCGGGGAGCGCCCGAGAGCGUCGGCUCCUCCGACAGCGGGAGCUCCGAGCCCGAGGUCGUGACCGGCGCCGCGCGGCAGCGCAGGCUCGCGCAGUCGCAGAAGCGCCGAGCCCUUCACUACGGGAUGCCGGCCAGCGAGGAGGGCUUCUCCCUCCUGGAGCGGGAGGCGGUGCGGGCCCCGACGCAGCGCGAGUACCAGAGGGCUUGGGACGGCUGGCGGGACUUUGCCCGUCGGAGCUGGCCCUCGGUGAACAUCGACGAGGUCAUGAAGGGCCGGGGCGACUCCGAGGUGGACUCGGCGCUGGUGGGCUACCUGAACGGCUUGUACCAGGCCGGGACUCACCUCUCUUGGGCCGAGAAGUUGAUGGCGGGCGUCCUGCACUUCAACCCGGACUUCGCGCGCUACGGUGCCCGGAAGCCGUGGGCGCUGGCGCUGUGGUGCGCGCUGGCGCGGUGCAUGAAGGCCCGGGGCAGCCUCCAUAUGGCGGUGUUCACCUUGAUAGCGGUGAGCGUGUACGCCCGCCCUAGCAGCCUCCUGCUCCUGAAGCCGGCCUGCCUGGCGCCGCCGGCUGCGGCCGCGUGCGAGUUCUGGACCUUGAGACUCUUCCCGGAGGAGGAGGACCUGCGAGACAAGACGGGCCUGGGCGACGUGUCGCUGGAGUUAGACUCGCCCUGGAUUCGCUUCUUGGACCCCGUGCUGCGCCAGCUGAAGAAAGAGGGGCACCCCGAGUGCCUGUGGAACUUCACGCACCCCGAAUACUGCAAGAUGUUCAGCCUGUGCCUGCAGGAGCUUCAGGUGAAGGCCAAGGUGGUGCCGCAUCAGAUGCGCCACUCGGGCGCCUCAAUAGACAUGGCGAGCGGCAAGGGGGGCGUCGGGCGCGCCGGGAUGACCAUGGGAGUGCCAGUCAGGUUCUGGGACACGCUGCACGGGCCGAGCGGCGACCUCACUAGGCGGACGGUCCUAAGGGGCCUGUGCUCGGACAUCGCUGCAGGCCGCGUCUUGGCCGUGAUGCUGGCCCCGCCGCGCGGACCCUGGACCACCGCGGCCGACCGUGCGGGGGCCAUCCGCUCCGCCUCGCAGCCUUGGGGGCUCUUACGGCACCUUCUGAGUGACGAGCAGCUGGCUCGCCUGGCGUCCGGGCCGCUGCGCCUCGCCGCGUGGCUGCUCCCGCUCGCGUCGCGGGCCUCGCCGCACCUGCGGCUGCAGCAGGGCGCGGCGCCGACCAGCGACUACCAGGUGGACCCGUCGGUGCUCGGCAAUCUGAAGGCUGGCUUCAGCAAGACUCCCGUGGCAAAGGAGGGCCCGUCAAGUGACAUGCCUGUCGAGAUAUCCCGGGCCCACUCGCAGAUCGCGGAGAUUUUCAUUGGGACUCCUCCGCAGAGACUCAGGUGCCUUAUCGACUCUGGCAGCUCCGACCUCUGGGUGCCGUCCAAGAGGUGCGACAGCUGCAACAACGACCACUAUUUCAACGCUGAUGCGUCGUCAACGUUCCAGCCAGAGAUGGACUACUCUGGACAACCAAAGGAGGUCAAGAUCUCGUACGGCAGCGGCGUCGUGGUCGGCUAUUCGGUCCACGACACCCUGCAGUUCGGCUCGGCCACGCUCGAGAACCAGGCCUUCAUCAUCGUGGAGGAUGCGGACCUGCCUCCGGAGCGCGAGUGGGACGGCAUUUGCGGCCUCGGGUGGCAGGGGCUGGCCCAGGUCUCCCCGACGUUGUUCGAAAAUCUGCAGAGGCACGGCGAGGAGGCGGUGUUCUCCAUCGUGCCGUCCGCCGGCUCCCAGCCCUUCGGCGGCGACAAGACGGCGCACAUGUUGGUGGGGAAGGUGCCGAAGGCCGCGUACAAGGAGGGUUCGCUCGCGUGGGUCCCUUGCAGCUCCUACUCCGGCGGCAUGGCCCCAGCUGGCGGGCUGAGCUUCUGGGUCGUCGACGGAGGCCUGAGGAUCCACGCCCCGGAGCCGAUCCCCGCGAGAUUCCUGGUGGACACCGGCACCAACCAAGUGCUGCUCGUGCCGCAGCAUCACUACGACGACUUCAUCCGCUCGCUGAUCCCGGCGGAGGAGUUCGACGAGCAGUGCGGGAACGACCCUAGGGCAGGUGUCGUCUGCGACUGCAGCAUCAUGGAGGAUCCCAACAUGAAGCCGCUGCAGAUCGUGCUGGGUGGCCACACAUUCGUGCUGCCACUGUCGAAGAUGUUCGUGCCGGCGCCGGCCCGCGGAGGCGGGCAGCUGUGCGCGCUCACGAUCCAGCCGAACACCAUGGGAGGCGGAGGCCUCGGUGGUGGCCUGGGCGAGCUCGGCGGGCUCGGAGGGCUGCUGGGCGCCCUGCUGGGCUCCGGGAUGUCCUCCCACAGGGUGAUCUCGAACAAGGUCGUGCCCGCCGCCGUGGAGGCCUCCGCUCCGCGGCGGCCGCCCUUCUCGGUGCCCCGCCGGCUACGGGAGCAGCCAGGAGCGGGCCCGGGCCAGGGCGGCUCAGAGCUCGCCAGCGUCCUCGGCGACCUGGGGCUCGGCGGCCUGCUAGGGCCCUCGGGGGCGCAGCCCUCCGGCUACGCGCCGCCGCAGGAGGGCGAUUAUCCUGGGUCUGGGCAGGAGCAGGACUCGAACGAGCAGGCGUCGGACGGCUACCCGGGGUCUGAGCAGGGGGACCCCUACGAGCAAGCGUCGCAGCCGUACGGGGACUCAGGCCGCCACGGCAGCGUGAGCGACAGCCUGAGCGGCCUCCUCGGGGACCUGCUGGGCAUGGGCGAUGGGAGGCCGCCGGCGACAUCGCAGCCGCAGCCGCAGUCGCCCGAGGAGUCGUCGCAGAGCCCGCAGCAGGAGGCGCCGCAGCAGCAGGAACCCGCGGUGCACGCGCAGGGCAGCAUGGCAAACGAGGAGCCGUGGAUGAUCGGCGGGGUGUUCCUGGAGAACUUUGUGACAGUCUUCGACUUCGACAACAAGAGAAUGGGCAUGGCCGAGAUCGACGGCGACGCCCGCCGCCGGCUGGCGGAGGUGUUCGGGCUAGGCGUUUGCGACGCCGACAGCGAGUCCUCGGCGGAAACGAAUUUCUGGUUCGUGCUGGGCUGUGCCUCGUCGGUGGUGAACACCCUCUGGCUCCUGGUGUCGGCGUGCUGGCGCCGCCAGGAGAAGGGUUAUCUGGCGUGGUACGAGGACGACACGGUGUGGCACGAGAGGAUGUGCUUGUGGCCGACGGCGGAGUCGAGCGUCUGGAUGAUCUUGACGCCCAACGGCCACGCGUACGCUGAGAGCGUGGCGGGCUGCAGCGAGGGACCAGCGCGUACCCGUGGGCUGCGCGGUGGCUCGCUGCCUGGGGGGCUUGCGGAAUCGGCCUACCGCUUCAGGGAGUACCCCAGCACUCGCGAGCUGCGGGUGCUCCUCGGCGAGGCGCGCGAGGAGGCGAUGCUGGAGGCUGCAGGCGAAGCACUCCCCGCCGUCGCGGUGUACGUCAGCCCCAGCGGUCGUGAAAGGCCGAUCGAGUCGCUGCUUGACGAGGCGCGGGCUCCCGCUGACGGCGCGGAUGGCGGCGGCGCUGGAGCUGGGGCUGCGGGCUUGCCGGCUGGCGUCGCGCUCGUGACCGCGCGAACGCCACCCCCCGCAGGGAAGAGCAGGGUGGUGGUGGACCUCUCGGUCGGGCGGGAGCGCGUCGGCGAGGCGGUCGAGGUCGGCGACGGCGACCUGAUGCUGGCCGGCUCUGGCGACCUGCACGAGGCGCUCGUCAGGGAGGGCAGUGGAUGGACGAAGGUGCUGGCCCUCAGUGAGCACGAGCGGGAGUCCUUCCGAGAGCGUUCGCGGAGACCGGCCCCGUCUGCGCCCGUCGCCGACGAUGCAGUCGGUGAGGCCGAGGCCGCGGCGGGCACCAGCACUCCUCGCCCCGAGGGCGGCCUUGACGCCCUGGCGGCUCGUCUGGGCGCAGGCGAUCGUGGCGGCGGCGGUGACGGCUCAGGAGGCGAGGGUGACGUGAGGACGCUGGCUGUCGACUUCGACGCACAAGGGAAGCGGUUCAAGGCCUGGCGCGAGGUGCGCGCGGAGAUGGCGCGCCGCAGCUUCGCGGACUGGCAGUUGGAUGCGCCCCCGACGGCUGUCCACUUCUGCGCCCACGUGGAGCGGGCGGGGCGCGCCCUCUCGGGAUGGCUCGAGAAGUGGGCGCAAACCAAGAGCAUCGCGGGCAGCGACAGGGUCUACUAUGAGCUGAAGACUAUCAUCGAGGCUCUGGAGUGCGCAGGCAGCUACGAUCAGCUCAACCUCGGAUCGUUGGUGUUUGCGGAGCUCCGCUGCCUGCGGGCGCAGGCCAUCGUCGACGCGCGUGACGCCGAUUCCAGCAAACCUAGCUUUGAGAACGCGAAGUAUUUCUCAGGGCUCAUGAGUUUGUCGGGCGCUGUGUCACUUGACUUGAAGAGCUUCGCGGCCUGGAAGGCCAAGGAAGAGACCGAGAUUGAAGCAGCGGCAAAAGCUGCAGCCCCCGCCCACAUGGAGAUCCACGACCGCGUGCUGAAGGCUGCCCACAGCUGGAAGGCGCCAGGGCGCCAGUCGGCGCGCGACCAGGCGCGCAUGACUGUGGCGCCCUACGAGGAGGGCAAUUUGUCGCUCCCGGCCGACGUCCGCGACGCGAGGUGCGCUGACUCGAUCGGGGGCCCGCGCGCCCGCGACUUGCUCGAUUGGUUCAUCGAACGUAAUCGGCGGAGUCCCGAGGAGGCGAACGAGCUCGAUCACACUUGUGGGGCUGUUAAGCCGUGCAUGGCCCGCCGCUUGGAGUCGCCACCUCGGCGGCGCAGGAGGUUCGCACGCCAUCUUGACCAGAGGGGCGUGAUUCAUUGGGCAAAGGCGCCCAAGUGCCUUAUCUCGUUGUUCUUCGUGAAGAAGAAAAGCAGGGCCCUUCGGAUGGUCGCGGAUGCGAGACCUGUGAUCAGUUUUUUUUUUUGGGCCGCCCCCUGGAGCGCAGUUCUGCGCGGCCGAGGGUCUGCGGCGCAUCGAGCUCCAGGGGGGGGGGGCGCCCGCGUGUGCGUGGCGCAGGCGGACUUGGCCGACUGCUUCCACCGCCUCCGCAUGCGCGGGGAGCUCGCGGAGUUCUUCGCGCGGGCGGCGGUGCUGCUGGGCCGGGCAGGGCUGGAUGUUAGCUCGGACGAGGAGCUCUGGUGGCCGUGCUGCGCCACCUUUCCCACGGGCUUCAGUUGGAGCCUCGCGGUGGCGCACAGCGUGAACGAGUGCCGCGCGGCGCGGGGGCCCGGGUUGGAGCCGGCGCCGCCCGCGGCGGACCGCCGCGGACCCGCGGCGCUGCAGGCGGGCGCGCCAGCUGUGCACUACGUGCGCGUGGACAACCUGGGCGCGUUGGGUGCGGGGCGAGAGGCUGGCGCAGCCGGCUUCGCAGGCGCUUGCGAGUCCUUCGAGCGAGCCGGCCUGGACCUCGGGGUGGUCGACGCCAGCGACGCCAGCGAGACGGGCUGGGGGAGUUGUUCCACGCGGUGGGGCGCCGAGACUGCGGACCCGCGUGGGCGAGCGCCCGCGAGGUCGAGGUGCAUAUUGACUUCGGCUUCGGCCAGGAUGCACGCCCUGCAGCAGGCGGGUUUGGGGGCCUUUGACGCUGGCGAGCCCGGGCUUCUGGGAGAGGACUUCGAGGAGGUGGAGGACUUCCCCAGCUUCGAGCUGGGCCUCGGGCGGCGCGCCCCGCGGAGCUGGCGCCGGCGGCGCAUGCUGCCGCGGGCGCGGCUGGGCGCAGCGGGCCCGCCGAAGGCGAGCCGGCGCGCGCGGGGGCCGAUCGCCGCCGCCGCUGCGGGGCCGCGGGCUGCGCGGGCCGCAGGGCCGGAGCAGCCGAGCCAACUGAGAGUGCUGACCGAGGAGGCGGCUCUCAGCUCGCCGACCUCCAGGCGGCGCUUCAAGCAGGCGAGGCACUCAAGGCCAGGGGGCCUCGAGGGCCCCGACGAAGACACCGGCCUUGCUCCGCCCGACUCCGAGGGCAGCAGCGAGAGCUGGUCGGGGCCGAUGAGAGCGGGGCCGAGGAAGGCGGGGAAGCUCGAGAGGGGUGCGAACCUGGGCCCGAGGAAGGUGACGACCCGCCUGGAGGGGGCGACCGUGACCCCGAAGAUGAUGGAGGACUACCGCCGUCAGGUGAGGAUCGCCAUCAGCUUCGCGAGUCGACGCGAUCUGGCCGCCGACAGCGCCGACGAUGUCGAUCAGCUGCUCACGUAUCUCAUGAACCCCAGGUGCCGCGACGGAGAGCCAGAGGGCCCGAUCGCCCCAGUGGCCGGCGUGACAGACUGCUGGGGGCGGCCGGUGGCGUCCGAGGAGCGGGGGGUCCUCACGAAGGUGGGGGCCUUCAACGACGCGCUCCUUUGGGGCGCCCCCUACACGCUCUUCAUGAGAGGAGUUUUCUCGGUGCUGCACAACAAGCCCCACGGCCGGCCGAUGCGGUUGCUCGACCACCCUCACAUGCUGAAGUCGAUGCAGCAGAUCCAGGAGAGAAGGAGGCGGGCCACGGCGAAGUGCCUGAUCAGAUACGAGGAGCACGUCCGCCUUGCCAUGCGGAGGGCCGAGCACUCCGAGGCCCGCCAGGCGUAGUUCAGAAGUUGCGAGGCACACGCAGGGGAGUUCGUCCUAGGCUUGAAAGUCGCAGAAUGGCCGCCGCCUCCGUCAAAGAGGGAG